AUGCUAUACAAGAAGCUGCAAUCCUUGGCAUCCACGGCCGCAGCGGCAUCUCUGCUGUCUGGUACUACCGCUCAGGCGGGAAACUGUUCCUCCAGAGGCAUUGCUCCUCCGUCGAUCCCCGAGGGUCGCAUUCUGGACUUUUCGGCGUCACCCGUGCGCAACUACCAGUCCGAGGAUAACUCGACAGUGAACUUCUGCAAUUUGACCGUCACCUACACCCACCCUGGCAAGGAUGACAACAUCCACGUCACUGUCUGGCUCCCCCUUUCUGGCUGGAGCGGACGACUUCAAGGCUCCGGCGGUGGUGGGUACGCCAUGAGACAUGAUGACAGCUACCUGGCAGAAGCAGUGGCCCUGGGCUACUCGGUCGUGGCCACAGACGGUGGUCACGAUCUGAACAGCGGUGUUUCGACAUCCUGGUCCCUGGACGCCAACAACAACGUGAACAUGCCCCUGCUGGAAGACUUUGCCUAUAUCGCCCUGAACGACGCCGCCCUCAUCGGCAAGCAAAUCACCCACGGCUUCUACGGACAUGGUCCGCAGUUCUCCUACUGGAACGGCUGCUCCACCGGCGGCCGACAGGGUCUCAUGCUGGCUCAGCGCUAUCCCACCGCAUACGACGGCAUCAUGGCCGCUGCUCCGGCCAUCAAUUGGCCCAGCUUCCUGGUAGCCGAGUACUGGCCGCAGUUCGUCAUGAACCAGCUGCAGACCUACCCCGCCAAAUGCGUCACGGACGCCAUCACCAACGCAACCAUCAAGGCCUGCGACGCCCUCGACGGCGUCACCGACGGCGUCAUCUCCGCCCCGGACCUCUGCCGCUUCAACCCUCUCACGAUGGUCAACUCCACCGCCAACUGCAACGGCACGCCCGUCCGAAUCUCCCGCAACGACGCCCUCGUCGUCCAAAAGUCUUGGGAAGGCCUCACCUCCGCCAACGGCUCCUCCCUCUGGUUCGGCCUCAACAAGGGCACCCCGCUCUCCAUGGGCGCCUCCAGCCUCGCCGGAACCACCUGCUCCACCCCCUCCGCCAACUGCUCCGGCUCCCCCUUCAGCAUCUCCGCCGACUGGAUCAGCCGCUUCGUCCUGCAGGACCCCUCCAUCGACCUCACCACCCUCGACCACCACGACCUCGACGCCAUCUUCGCCGCCUCAAAGGCCAAAUACAACCCCAUCAUCGCCACCGACAACCCCAACCUCUCCGCCUUCAAAUCCACCGGUGGCAAGAUGAUCACCUGGCACGGUCUCGCCGACCAGCUGAUCUUCCCCAAGGGCACAGAGCGCUACUACCGCCAGGCCGAGGCCCUCGACCCCUCCAUCCGCGACUUCUAUCGCCUCUUCCCCGCCCCCGGCGUUAACCACUGCCGUGGCGGUGACGGCCCUAUCCCCGUUGAUCCGUUGGCCGCGGUCGUCGACUGGGUGGAGAAGGGCGUCGCGCCGGAGUCCAUCGCCGCGAAGGCUGCCGAUGGCCGACGCCGCAAUCUGUGUCCGUACCCGCUGGUGUCGGUGUAUAGGGAGGGUAAUGUUAUGGAUGCGGAGAGCUAUACAUGCGAGAAG